AGGUGAAUCCAUGGAAGAAGACUUGUGCAAAGCUGGCGUGUCACAGGAUGAGGAUGGCCACUUCCCAUCAUCCUGUGCGAGAGAGCUGGCACUGCUCGCCCUGAUGGAGAAGACGGGCUACAGUAUGGUGCAGGAAAACGGGCAGAGGAAGUAUGGUGGCCCUCCACCAGGCUGGGAAGGUCCAGCACCCCCGCGGGGCUGUGAGGUGUUUGUGGGUAAGAUUCCCAGAGACAUGUAUGAAGAUGAGCUGGUUCCUGUGUUUGAGAGACCUGGAAAGAUCUAUGAAUUCAGGCUCAUGAUGGAGUUCAGUGGAGAGAACCGUGGCUAUGCCUUCGUCAUGUACACGAACAGAGAGUCGGCUCAAAAAUGCAUCCAGAUGCUGAACAACUAUGAGAUCCGUCCUGGGAAGUUCAUUGGCGUGUGUGUGAGUCUGGACAACUGUCGUUUGUUUGUUGGCUCCAUCCCCAAAGACAGGCGUAAGGAUGAGAUCAUGGAUGAAAUGAAGAAGGUGACGGACGGUGUCGUUGACGUAAUCGUCUACCCGAGCUCCUCAGACAAAAGCAGAAACCGAGGCUUUGCCUUUAUCGAGUACGAAUCCCACAAAGCUGCAGCCAUGGCCAGAAGGAAACUCAUGCCAGGAACAUUCCAGAUGUGGGGCCAUGCCAUUCAGGUGGACUGGGCAGAGCCUGAGAAGGAUGUGGGGGAGGACAUCAUGCAGCGCGUCAGAGUCCUUUAUGUGCGCAACCUGAUGCUGAGCACCACAGAAGAAACACUUCACCAGGAGUUCUCACGCUUCAAGCCCGGGUGUGUGGAACGGGUCAAGAAGCUCACAGACUAUGCCUUCAUUCAUUAUCGCUGCCGCGAGGAUGCAGUCACUGCGCUGCACCUGAUGGAUGGCUCCAUAGUUGAUGGCGCCACCGUGGAGGUUACGCUGGCCAAACCAGUGGCCAGCAAAGAUGCAAGUACAGCCGGGAAGAAGUUCACCAGCAGGGGGUAUUUGGGAAGGACUUACUCGCCUCGUGGAGGCGCAGGAGAUAUGACGGGACGAGGAGCAGGGUACGGAGAAGCAACAUUUGUUCUAAACAAGAGUAACGGAGGGAUGACCGGAGGAGACAACGUGGACAGUUGCUCCCCAAUAAGAUCUCUGCUGCCCUGCAGUCCCACCUACACUGGGGGAGGAGGAGGAGUAGCAACAGAUCAGGAUCGGUUUCCGCUCAUUCCCGGCACUCCGAUCUCCCCCACCAGCCUCCAUUGUGUGAAGCCCAGCCAGCUGUACUCUGCUGUCAGUAUGCUGGACCUUUACUGCCUGAAAAACUCCUGGUCACUGCCUGAGUACCACCUGCUGUCCACACCCGGGCAGGAUGGAAAACUGCUGCUUGUAUACAAGGUGGUGAUCCCGUCCACAGGUAACAGCUAUAUGCCAGACCAGCUGUGUGUGAUUUUGGAGGAUGCCAAAGAGCUGGCUGCACUGACCGCCAUGAGGAGUCUCGACUCUUCCAUCCUGAGUGGACCUUCUGUUGAAUCUCUGAGCAGCGUUUCGCCUCCUCUUGGCGUCCCCACCACCAUGACCAACCCUGGAGUGCUGACCUGCGGCGGAAGAACAUUUGCUUCUUGUCUCCCACCUUCACCUCAGCCCUUCACCCUGUCACUGUCCACGCUCACCUCCCCUCCUUACAUCAGCCCCCCGUCACCGUUCUACUGAUGGUGAGCUUCAGGUCAGAUAUCCAUCUGUUUCCCACACAAGUCAGGUUUUAACGGUGUAUGCACAGCUCCCACCUCUGUGGUAUCAAGAUUUCCAGCUUCUGUAACGGUGCAGCAGAUCUCUUAAGAAAAACAGAAUUCUGCAGAUCCUUAA